AUGCUCGUCGAGCUCAAGAACGGGGAGACGCUCAAUGGACAUCUCGUCAACUGCGAUACAUGGAUGAACCUCACGCUGAAAGAAGUUGUCCAAACGAGUCCUGAAGGAGACAAGUUUGUGCGCCUACCAGAGGUCUACGUCAAGGGCAACAAUAUCAAGUACCUACGAGUCCCCGAAGAAAUCAUUGAGCUCGCCACCGAGGCGCAAAAGAACCAGCAGGGCAACUUCCGCGGCGGCCGCGGCGGCGGCCAGUCAAGAGGCGACUAUGGCGGUCGCGGCGGCGGCGACAGGGGACGCGGAGGCCGUGGCGGCGGCCGUGGCGGACGAGGUCGUGGUGGUCGCGGACAGUGA